AUGUCCUCCUACAAGUUCAGCAAUGAAAAAUUGAGUUCGAAAAUCAAACAAUUGGAUAUUAUGAAUCCAAGUGGUCGCUUGAAACCUAAACGACCCUCGGUAUCAUUUAAAAAAACCGAAUCUAGUGCAGGACAAGAGAAAAAACCUAAACUGGAGGGCCAAAAGGACUCCCUUAACGAUGGUGGCAUUAAAACUGGAGCAUCGCUUAUACCCGAUUUGAAUAUUCUGGUGGAACGUAUGCGUUCGCAAAAGGAUGAUAGUUUCAUUUAUCUCACCUAUAUGCUUCCCCGGACAAGUGAAUAUUUUACACCAUACAGUCUAAAGGAAUAUUCAUGGGCCGAGUUGCCGAAUAAGCAGUUGUAUUUCACAAUGAGUCGGCAUGGUGUAACCUAUUGGCAUUUAUCGGAGAAUUUCUUCACGCCGCUGCUGCAGUGGCAGCAGGAGUUUCAACAAUUUUUGAGUAUCAUAAAAAUACGGACCUUUGCCGUCUUCCGCCUGUGGAAGGGCUUUAAGGUAUGGGAGAAAACUGUGAAAUGGAAGAAGCAAUCGGAAGCUCGAAUGCAUUUGCAGGAACAUUUAUUCAUAGCCAUACCACAUUUGGCCAGAUCGAUACUUCAGCUGCGAGCGGAGAUUGUCCAAUUGGAGAAUAGUAAUUUUGUGAAUGUGACAGUCAUUGAGGAUUGGCAUCCCUUCUAUUUCCUGGAGAUACAAAUGAAAAUCUAUGAACGAUUAAAACUCAAAUUUCGAGAUUUUCGGGAGCGGACCAGAAAGACCCUGUAUGAGGCCUGUCUUAAUGCCAUUAUUGCCCAUGGCUUUUUUCCCGAUGAUGAGAUCAAUCAUUAUCCUUCGAUAAAGAAAAUGCGCGAUGCCAUGAGUUUUAUGGAUCGAGCCAAGAAGAGGAAUUUUUGUAAAAUUCUGUCGAACUUCCUGAGCUACUGUGACCACAUGAUGUACCAUAUGCUGCACAAGGUGACCGUGAAUAGUUUCCGGGAUUUGGCGAAUGCUUUGCGCAUACAUGACUCUUUAGGACCUUCAAAGGAGGCGCUGCAGGAAAACUUAACUUUACACGAACAAUUGGAACCGGAAAGACCAGCCGAUGCGCCACAGAAUCCGUUCUUUGUGACAAAUUUACAUCUACUGCCGGAUCGCAUUGAAAUCGAACCAUCCGAGGAAGUAAUGAAACACAUCUUCACCCGAAUUUCCACCCUCAUCUUGGAAACAGUCAUGGAGAUUCAGAACUUUACGGAUGAUACCACCUAUAGACAAUUUACCGAGCCCUCAAUUAUGGGACGCCAAGAAGAGAGGCUAUCCGGUGUGGCGCCCGAUUUGAAUUUCCUGCUAAGAACCGAUGAGGAAUUUCAAAUAAAUCGGAAAAUAAUUUACUCCUACAUAAGGGAGGCCUAUGAGAAAGCCGAAAUAUACACCUUGAGGUUUGAAACCAUACGUAAUAAUUAUGAAAUUGAUACCCAAACAGAUCCGAAUAUUUUGAAAAGCGAAAGAGAUUUAGAAAAACUUCGAGCAUAUUGCGAACGUUAUUGCAACAAUGUCAAGGCAUUGGAUGGUAUACUCUCCGUUGUUCAUCUGGGGCUAUUAAAAUUAAGUCAAGGUAGUUUCAAGGACACGGUAACUCCGGUGUGCAUAAAACUGCAAAAUGUCUUGGCGAAUUAUUUACCCAAAUUAGCCACCGAAGAGGUGGAGCGCAUCAAUGAGGCCACAAAUGAUUUAUCGGGACGGAUAACUGCCGAACCCAUAACCACAUUGGAAAUUGUCUCACACAUUCGCUUCUUAGAUGUUGUCGAUGAGGAAAUGCAGAAUCUCUUUCGUGAUGUCGAUUAUGUCCAUGAUGUCUUUAUGAUCAUUAAGGACUUCGCAAUACCCAUCGAUGAUGAACGUAAGGAGGACUAUAUGGAUUGUGAAGAUUUGGUAAAUCGUACAAACGAUAAGCUGAAAGAAAUCCAAGCGAAGAGAGGGGAGUUUGUCAAACAGCUGGAGGAGAAAAUGAACGAAGAUAUUCAGCUGAUAUUCGAAGAGACACAUGAAAUAUAUGUAGAACUGCAGGAUCCAUUUUUAAUUGAUAAAAACUCCGACCGCUCCUUGGUAAAAUCCCGACUCAAAGACCUGCUGGAGCGCCUCGAACGUCUACACGAACAUGCUGCCGAAUAUAUACGCUACCAGAAAGAAUUCAAAAUCGAUAUAACCAUGUACACGGAAAUGGAUAUGGCCUUUACAGAAGUACGACUACGACAAAAUCUCCAUAACUCUGUCGAAGAAUGGGAAGAGGCCUAUUAUCGUUGGAUCGUAAGGGAAUUUAAUCAACUUCAGGUUACGGAGCUAACCGAUUUAACCAUUAAAACUAUAAAAAAUUGUAUGCAAUAUGAAAAGUAUCUGCCGCCGAAUAACAUAGUUCCCGAUCUGAAGUUGGCUGCGGAAAAUUUUAAAUUGAAACUUCCCGUUAUUGGUUAUCUGAGGAAUCCGAAUUUUAGAGCGCGUCACUGGAGUGAAAUUGAAACAGUUUUGGGCCGGAAGUUCUUUCAAGAGGAGGGUAUUCUACUCUCCACCUAUGAGGAGGCGAAUGCCUUUGCCGAUGAAAUUGCAAAUUCGCUAAUGGAAAUCUCUUCACAAGCCACUGGAGAGGCUCAAUUGGAAAAUAUGUUGAAAUCCCUCGAAGCUGUAUGGAAGGAGCAGGAACUUUCUGUGGUCUGCCAUCAUGAUCAGAAGGAUGUGUUCAUAUUGGCGGGAACCGAAGAGCUGCAAACUAUUCUGGAUGAUUCCAAUGUUAAUAUCAAUACCAUUGCAGCCUCGAAAUAUGUAACGCCCAUUAAAAAUAAGGUCGAUGAAUGGAUUGGGGCCUUGGAACAGUUCGGAAAGACUUUAGAGGUCUGGAUGGACUGCCAAACAUCCUGGAUUUAUUUGGAGGCCAUCUUUGCCUCGCCCGAUAUUCAACGCCAGCUGCCUCAAGAGGCCAAAAUGUUUUUUGCCGUCGAUAAAAGUUUCAAGGAAAUGGUACGCUCCGCGAAAAAAAUAUCCCUGGCUCUGCCGGUAAUGUCAUCCAAGGAUAACUAUGAUGUGUUAUUGGAAAAUAAUCGCAAUUUGGAUUUAAUUACUCGAGGUCUGGAGGCCUAUUUGGAGGUGAAGCGGGUGGUGUUUCCAAGAUUCUACUUCCUUUCCAAUGAUGAGCUAUUGGAAAUUCUGGCUCAAACACGCAUUCCGCAAACCGUGCAACCCCAUUUGCGAAAAUGUUUCGAUGCCAUCCACCGGCUGGAAUUCGGACAAAAAGAUUGCGGAGAUGGUAGCGGCCGUACAAUACCCACCAAUGAUAUCUUAGCCUUCAUUUCACCAGAAGGUGAAAAACUACUCUUCCAAAAGGGCCUGAAAGCUCGAGGAGCUGUUGAGGAGUGGCUCAGCAAGGUAGAGGAGGGUAUGUUUGCCUCUGUGAAGAGGGCAAUGCGAUUUGGUUAUCAAUGUUAUCCGCAUAAGCAGCGGGAUGAAUGGUUUCAAGAUCAUCCAAAUCAGGUGGCCCUGACAGUGUCUCAGCAACAGUGGGCGGCGGAUAUCCAUUACAUUUUGGAUAAUCCGAAAUGGUCGGAAGAGAAAAUAAUGCAGGAAAUGAAACUCUUCGAGAAGAAAUGUUUGAAAAAUUUAGCAGCCUUGGCAGCUUUGACAAGACAGAAUAUUAGCAGUUUGGUUAGGAAGGUCCUGACCGCUUUGAUAACCAUUGAUGUGCAUGCCAAGGAUUCGGUAUCGCUGCUAAUUGAGAAGCAGGUUGUGAAAUCCUCCGAUUUUGAUUGGCUGAAAAUGUUACGCUUCUAUUGGUCCAUAGAAACGGAAACGAUUUACUCCCGCAUGGCAUCGGCCAAUAUCCCCUAUUAUUAUGAAUAUUUGGGAGCUGGAGGUGUAUUGGUUCUCACGCCCCUUACCGACCGAUGUUAUUUAUGUUUAAUGGGUGCCAUACAAAUGGAUUUGGGUGGCGCACCGGCCGGUCCAGCGGGUACAGGAAAAACGGAAACCACCAAAGAUUUGGCCAAGUCCGUGGCAAAACAAUGUGUCGUCUUCAAUUGUUCCGAUGGUUUGGAUUAUAAAAUGAUGGGUCGAUUUUUCUCCGGUCUCGCUCAAUGUGGGGCUUGGUGUUGUUUCGACGAAUUCAAUCGCAUCGAUAUUGAGGUCCUCUCGGUUAUUGCUCAGCAAUUGAUUACCAUCAGGAAUGCCAAGGUGGUAAAUGCUAAGCGUUUCAUCUUCGAGGGCCGUGAAAUCAAGCUGAGUAAAUCCUGUGCCGUCUUCAUAACCAUGAACCCCGGUUAUGCUGGCCGUACUGAACUCCCUGACAAUUUGAAGGCCUUGUUCCGCCCCAUUUCCAUGAUGGUCCCCGAUUAUGCCCUUAUUGCCGAGGUCAUAUUAUAUUCCGAGGGUUUUGAGGACCCCAAAAGUCUGGCACAUAAAAUGGUACAAAUGUAUAAACUCUGUUCCGAACAGCUGAGUCAACAAAAUCACUAUGACUUUGGUAUGAGGGCGGUGAAAUCGGUGCUGGUAAUGGCUGGCUCGCUGAAACGUGCAGCACCUGAUCAAAGGGAGGAUAUAACCCUAAUUGCCGCCCUGAGAGAUUCAAAUAUUCCCAAAUUUUUGGCCGAUGAUGCGAUAUUGUUUUUAGGUAUCCUCAGUGAUUUGUUUCCGGGAGUGGAAUUGCCGGAUUCCUCACAUCCUGAGCUGGAGGAAAGUUUGGUUUUCUGUCUAAGGGAGAAGAAUCUGCAGCCCGUUCAGGCCACCCUGAGGAAAUGUAUACAACUCUACGAGACCAUGUGUGUUCGUUGGGGUGUAAUGUUGGUGGGCCCCACGGGUGGUGGUAAAUCAACGGUUCUACAUGCCUUGGAGGAGGCAUUGGGCCAUUUGUUUGAAUCUGGGGUAGAGGGUCCAAACUUCCGACCCGUUACGAUUCAGUGCAUGAAUCCCAAGGCUGUGUCCAUGAAUGAGCUGUAUGGCUAUGUGGAUCUUAAAACUCUGGAAUGGCAAGAUGGCCUGCUGGGCUUAGCUGUGCGCACGGCCGUCAAUGUGGAGGAGGAAAUUCACCAAUGGAUUGUCAAUGACGGUCCCGUCGAUGCCGUCUGGAUUGAAAAUCUCAAUACCGUGCUGGAUGACAAUAAAAUGUUAUGCCUGGCCAAUUCGGAACGUAUCAAACUUACCGCUUGGGUGCAUAUGGUUUUCGAGGUACAAGACCUGGUUCAGGCCUCACCAGCCACCGUGUCACGCUGUGGUAUGGUCUAUGUUGAUCCGGAAGAUAUGGGAUGGCAACCCCUACUCGAUUCCUGGAAAUCGGGAGAUAUACAAAAAAGGAUACACUCCCAGGCAUUUGAAUAUCUCUAUGAAUUAUUUACAACUCACUUCGCUUCGCUCUUGGAAUUGUCCAAAAAACAUGGAUCAUUUGUGAUUCAUCAAGUGACCAGUUCCAAGGUUCGGCUAUGUUUGGAACUGCUGUCUUCGCUCAUUGAAAUGAUUCAAUGGCGUGAGCUGAAGGAAGAGGAGUAUCAAUCGCUAUUGCGGAAAAUGUUCGUAUGGUGUGUUCUAUGGUCCCAGGGUUCCAAUUUCAGGGAUAAUGAGAAAAUUCUGUUUGAGAAAUUGAUAAGGGAUGCAAUGGGGUCCAUGGACUUACCGCAGGACACCUCCCUCUGGGACUAUCGCAUCAAUAUGGCCACUCGCAGUUGGGAACCCUGGUCCAGUAUUAUUGAUGAAUUUAUUUUCAAUCCGGAGGAUAAAUAUUUCGAUAUGCAGGUUCCGACGGUGGAUACCACUAAAUAUGGAUCGUUAGAAACUUUUUUUGUUGUUUCCAGACAAUUCCUGGACUUCCAAGGUUUCUAUGAUCGCGAGAAACUCUUCUGGAAGGAAAUUGUUGAUGUGGUACUAGGCUGUGCCUGUGCUCCACCGGGUGGUGGCCGAAAUCCUUUGACUCCUCGAUUUGUAAGACAUUUUGCCCUGUUUGCCCUGCCCAAGCCGAAUGAUGAGACCUUGACAACCAUUUUCAAUGGAAUCCUAACAGGAUUUCUCAGCAGCUUCUCCUCAACCAUAAGACCCCUGUCCGAACCCAUCGUCAAUGCCUGCGUUGAUGUCUAUAUGCGCAUUGCCCAAGAAAUGUUGCCCACCCCUGACAAGUCACAUUACAUUUUCAAUUUACGAGAUCUCUCCAAAUGCAUUCAGGGUAUACUCCAGGCCAGUAAUCUCCACUAUAAUCAGGAAAUGCAAAUUUUAAGGUUAUUCUAUCACGAGACAACUCGGGUCUUUCAUGAUCGCCUAAUCAACGAUGAUGAUCGGAAACUCUUCAAAAAAAUCAUGCAUGAAGUUUGCGAGAAACAUUUCCACAAAGAAGUCUAUCGUGAGACGGAACCUCCAAUAUUGUUUGGGGAUUUUAUGGUCUUUGGUAAGGCACGAUCGGAACGUAUCUACGAAGAGAUUAAAGAUCAUACGAAGUUGGAAAGUAUCCUGAUGGAUUAUGUGGAGGAUUAUAAUACGAUGACAGGGAAGCGGAUGCAUUUGAUACUCUUUCAGGAUGCUUUGGAACAUACGGUGCGGUUGGCACGUCUACUGCGUAGUGAUCGUGGAAAUGGUCUACUGGUGGGUGUGGCCGGAAUGGGAAAGCAGUCGUUGACCAAAUUGGCAGCCCAUGUCAAUGAAUAUAAGUGCAUGCAAAUUGAGCUGAAGCGGAACUAUGAUAUCAAUGGAUUCCAUGAGGAUCUGAAGAUUAUUUAUCGGCAAGCGGGGAUUGACAAUCAACCCGUUGUGUUCCUGAUGAUUGACACCCAAAUUGUGGAGGAAGAAUUCCUGGAGGACAUCAAUAAUAUUUUGAAUUCGGGAGAGGUGCCCAAUCUCUUUGAGGGCGAUGAUUAUGAGAAGAUUAUCCUGGAUGCCCGAGAUCAAUGUAAUGCUGUCAAUAAAGAGGGUUGCUCGCGUGAUACAAUUUACAAAUUCUUCAUAAAUCGUGUGCGCAACAAUCUCCAUGUGGUCCUGUCUAUGUCCCCAGUGGGAGAUGCAUUCCGAAGACGCUGUCGCAUGUUUCCUUCGUUGGUGAAUUGCACCACAAUUGAUUGGUUUUCAAAUUGGCCGACCGAGGCUCUAUAUUCCGUGGCCUUGGGCCUAUUGGCGAAAAAUACCAAAACCCCGGAGGAGUGUCAGGCAUUGGCCACCACGACGGUAUUUAUGCAUAAAACUGUGGAGGAGGCCUCUCAGAGAUUUUACAAAGAAAUGAAACGGCAUUAUUAUACCACGCCAAGCAGCUAUUUGGAACUGCUGAAACUCUAUCAAAGUCUGCUGAAGGAUAAGACCCAGGAUCUGAUGAAUAAGAGGAAGCGCAUUGCAAAUGGCCUGAAUAAAAUUUUGGAAACCAAUGAAAUUAUCGCUGUCAUGCAAAAAGAACUGGAGGUCAUGGUCCCUCAGCUGGAUGAAAAAUCGGCGAAUAUGAAAACCCUCCUCGAACGUUUAGCCAUCGAUACCAAGCAAGCGGAUAUGGUCAAGGAAAGUGUGGUGAGGGAUGAGGCCAGUGCCAAAGAAAAAGCAGCCGUUUGUCAGGCCAUGUCCGAUGAUGCCAAUAAAGAUUUAGAAAUUGCCAUGCCAGCUCUCAAGGAAUCUGAAGAGGCCUUGAAAGGUCUUACCAAAGCUGAUAUCAAUGAACUGAAAUCAUUUACCACACCACCGGCCUUGGUGCAGUUUGUUAUGGAGGCUGUGUGCAUACUGUUGGGCGCCAAACCCACCUGGGCCUCUGCCAAGACAAUUAUGGCUGAUGUGAAUUUCAUAAAACGCCUUUUCGAAUUCGACAAGGAACACAUUAAGGAGGAUACCCUGAAGAAGGUCAAAAAAUAUAUUGAUCACAAGGAUUUUGUGCCGGCCAAAUUCGAAAAAGUCUCCAAGGUUGCCAAGUCCGUCAGCCUUUGGGUAAUUGCCAUGGAUAAAUUUGCCAAAGUCUAUAAAGUUGUGGAACCGAAAAUACGACGCAAGGAGCAGGCGGAAAGUGAGCUGAAAGAGGUUAUGGCCGAGCUGAGAGCCAAGCAGCAGGAAUUGGCUGCAGUAGAGGCAAAAAUUCAAGCCCUGCGAGAUAAUAUCGAUCAGAAAAGUCGUGAGUUCCAGGUUAUACAGGAUGCGGUGGAUUUGACCUAUGGCCGGUUGAAUCGUGCUGGGAGACUGACAUCGGCUUUAUCGGAUGAAGAAGUUCGUUGGAAGGAAACAGUGGAGAUUCUCACCCAAGAACUGGCUUAUGUACCCGGCGACGUUCUCGUUUCCGCCGCUUGUGUUGCCUAUUUAGGUGCCUUCUCGACAGAAUAUCGCAAUGAACUCUGCUCGCUUUGGGUUGCGAAAUGCCGCGAACAGCAAAUACCCUCCAGUGCUGAAUUUCAUCUGCUCAAAGUUCUUGGAGAUCCCUACGAAAUACGCCAAUGGACCAUGGAUGGCCUGCCAAAAGAUGAUAUAUCCAUUGAGAAUGGAUUAUAUGCUACAAGAGCUUUGCGCUGGCCUCUUAUGAUAGAUCCGCAGGAGCAGGCAAAUCGUUGGAUACGCAACAUGGAAAAAUCCAAUAAUUUGCAUAUUCUUAAAAUGAACGAUGGCAAUCUUUUGCGGAUUAUGGAAAAUUGUAUACGACAGGGUUAUCCAAUUCUAUUGGAGGAUAUUAGCGAAACUAUAGAUCCCUCUAUACGACCAGUGUUGCAGCGAGAAACAUAUGUUUUUGAGGGUAGGACCUAUUUGAAAUUGGGAGAUGUCAUCAUCGAUUAUGAUGAACGUUUUCGGCUAUAUAUGACCACGAAAUUGGCGAAUCCUCAUUAUUUGCCGGAGAUUUGUAUUAAUGUAACGUUGGUGAAUUUUUUGGUAACCGAAACGGGGUUGGAAGAUCAGCUAUUGGCAGAUAUUGUGGCCAUAGAGCUCCCAGCUUUGGAAAUCCAACGCAAUGAUCUGAUUGUGAAAAUCAAUGCCGAUAAGCAACAACUCUUGGCCUUGGAAGAUAAAGUUUUGAAGCUGUUGUUCCAUUCGAAGGGUAAUAUUUUAGAUGAUGAAGAACUCGUGGAGACUCUAAAUGAUGCAAAGGAAACUUCUUUAAUUAUUGCGACACGCUUGGUGGAUACCGAAGAAACGGAAAAAGUGAUAACCGCCACUCGAGAAAAAUAUCGAAGCCUAGCGUCUCGAGGUGCCAUUCUCUAUUUUGUAAUAGCCAGUUUGGCCGAUAUCGAUCCCAUGUAUCAAUAUAGCUUGAAAUAUUUCUCACAAGUUUUUUGUUCUGUCAUACGUCUCGAGCAUCCGAAAAUGAAUACGGAAGAUCGUAUUGCCCAGCUGAAAUUGGAUGAAUUGCGGGCCCUUUACGACAAUGUUUCGAGAGGUCUAUUUGAAAAUCAUAAACUCAUUUAUAGUUUUCUUCUGUCACAGUCCAUUGAGAGGCAGGAGGGGCGGGUCAGUCAACAGGAAUUUAAUUUUCUGACACGUGGAGUGGUGGGAGCCGCAGGAGAGAAAUCGAAACCGGAGAAUUUGAAAUUAAGUCCAUUUGAAUGGGAGGCCUGUUUGUUUUUGGAGCAGAAUUUCAGGGCCUUUGAGGGUUUUACGGAGAAACUGGCAGAGCCGUUCUUUUUGCAAAUCGAUGAUAAUCGGGAGGUCUUCAAUUUCUCUGCAUCCAAAGCUCCGCUGAGCAAUCAUUGGAAUCUGCGCCUAACCGAUUUCCAAAAACUAAUGUUCAUUAGGGUGUUCCGUAAGGAAAGAUUCCUCCUGAAUGUUGUGGUGUAUUUAAGGGUAACUAUUGGGCGCCAUUUUACUGAGGUCUCCGCUGAGGGUAGUCAAUUGAAAGUGGUCUUCCAAGACACCUCCAAUGUCACACCCUUGGUUUUUGUGCUCUCCAGUGGUUCCGAUCCCAUGGCCAAUUUCCUUAGAUUUGCCGAAGAAAUGAAAUAUAUGGACAAAUUCUAUUCCAUAUCACUGGGUCAGGGCCAAGGUCCAAUUGCCGAAAGUUUAAUCGAAAAGAGUUUACGUCUGGGUCACUGGGUAUUCCUGCAAAAUUGCCACCUGGCUACCUCAUGGAUGGGUCAAAUGGAGACCAUAGUGCGCAACAUAACUUUGGGUGAAAUUGUGGCUCAUCCUGAUUUUCGGCUAUUUUUAUCCUCCAUGCCGCAGAAAUCCUUCCCUAUUAGUGUUCUACAAAAUUCCGUUAAAGUUACCAAUGAACCUCCCAAGGGUAUCAAGGCCAAUGUUUUGGGUGCCUUGGCCGAUAUAAAUCCUUAUUUCUUUGAGCAUCAUAUCCUCCGUGGGAAAUGGCGGGCAAUUGUUUUUGGUUUGUGUGUGUUCCAUGCCGUGCUAUUAGAGCGCCGCAAAUUCGGUCCCCUGGGUUGGAACAUAACCUAUGAAUUUAAUGAAAGUGAUCGGGAAUGUGGCCUGAAGACCCUCGAUUUCUUUAUUAGCCGUGAAGUGAAAGAGAAAAUACCCUGGGAAGCCAUCUAUUAUAUUAAUGGGGAAAUAACCUGGGGUGGCCGAGUCACCGAUUCAUGGGAUCAACGAUGCCUGAGGACAAUUUUGAAAAUAUUUACAUUCGAAAAAAUCCUACAAGAAGACUAUAAAUAUUGUCGUGGCGAUCCUUACUAUCGUGAUCCAAGAAAGGCGACCAUACAGGAAUAUAAGGACUAUGUGGCGAAUUUCCCAACCCUAGAAGAUCCGGAAAUAUUCGGCAUGAAUGAAAAUGCCAAUUUGGUGUUUCAAACCAAAGAGACAAAUUUCUUUAUCAAUACCCUAUUGGAGGGCCAGCCACGUUCAGCAGCCGAGGAGGGUCAGGCCCUGGAAAAUGAUUUAUGUUUGGAGAUUAUAAAGAAGAUACAAGAGACCCUCAAACCCAAAAUUAACAAGGAAUCGAUGCAUGAGUCUUUGUUAACGAUUGAUUCGAAGGGGCAAUUGCCUUCGCUCACCACUGUAUUGGUUCAAGAAAUCGAUCGUUAUAACAUCUCCCUGCGUUUAGUCCAUGACAGUUUGGUGAAUCUCUCCAAAGCCAUUAAGGGUCUGAUUGUAAUGUCCGAAGAGCUGGAAGAAGUCUUUAAAUCUCUGCUAGCCAAUGCGGUACCCAAAUUAUGGGAAAAGAAAAGUUUCCUUUCGAUAAAACCCCUACCCAGUUAUAUUGCCGAUUUUCAGAGACGCAUCGAUUUCAUACAAACAUGGGCCAAUGUUGGAAAUCCAAAGUCGUUUUGGAUAAGUGGCUUCUAUUUUCCACAAUCAUUCCUCACCGGGGUACUGCAGACACAUGCUCGCAAGCGAAUACUACCCAUAGAUGCUUUGAAAAUUGAUUUUAAGGUCUUUGAUAGGGUGCUGGUGCAACAGGAUUUCUUUGAGCGGAGGGCAAAUGGAAUGGAGGUGGAAGACCUAUAUGGCGAUCUGCCAGAAUCCUCAGAGGCAGGUGUCAAUGUCCAUGGCAUAUUUGUGGAAGCAGCUCAAUGGAAUCGGCAAAAGGGCGGCUUAUGUGAUGCCAAUAUUGGUGAACUCUAUUCGCGAAUGCCAACAAUACGUUUUAUACCCUGCCUACAACUGGAUCGCGGUCAACGUUACGAAGCUCCUCUAUAUAAAACCCAAGCUCGAUCGGGAGUUUUAUCCACAACCGGACAUUCUACGAAUUUUAUACUUUCCAUACUUUUGGAAAGUGCGCUGCCAGCAGAUUUUUGGAUUUUACGAGGCACAGCCUUGGUAUCAGGGGUGGCGGAUAAUAUUUCAUAA